AUUACAACUGUACACGCCAUCCUCAUCAUCAUCAUCAUCUCCUCCUCUCUCACGCGCAUGCGGUGCAGUGGGCGGUCCGCAUCUGCCACUCGUUCUUAUCUCAAGGCCUGUGUGUGUACGCGCGUGCACGGGAAACCCUAACAGCGGCGGCGGAUAGUUCUGCCACUCAGUGCUCGCGCUCAACCACCGCUCAGAAGAACGCCGUUUUUCCGUCUCGAUACCGGGGCUGUUUGCUGUUUCACUCGCGCGCUGCCGGUGUCAGAGCUGUGCACGAGCCCGUCUCUGUCGUUAUAUCCACAGUGCUCGCGUGCGCUUGAAGCCCACUCCGUUUCAGCGGCUCGAGCCGAGCGUCGCGAGCAGCGCGCGCACCUUAUAUAAAACCUCUAUCUAAACGGAACUUCCAGAGUUACCACAGGAGGGAAAGCGGACAUUACCCCGGGGUAGUGUCAGGCCCGAUCCGGUUUCAGCACCUGCUUCCGUUAGGCUCGGAGCGCACGCGCUUGCAGCAGUGCGAGUGUUUAGAGAAGAUGUCCGGUGACACGGUUCUGAUCCCGGAUGACCGAGCCUUCAGCAACUUCAAACACGAGUGUGUGUCUGAUGAAGGAUGGAGUCUGACCUACAACAAGUCCGGUAUCACGGUUCUGAUUCAAAUCCUGGAGGAGGAGAAAUCCCUGCACAAGAUCAAGUGCCGUAUGGUGUGUAAGGACGUUCCUGCAGAGACCAUGUACGACGUGCUCCAUGAUAUCGAGUAUCGGCGAAAAUGGGACUCGAAUGUGAUUGAGACCUUUGACAUCGGCAAACUGACGGUCAACGCAGACAUCGGCUACUACUCCUGGAAGUGUCCUAAACCCCUGAAGAACCGUGAUGUCAUCACGCUGCGCUCCUGGCUGCCGAUGGGAAACGACUACAUCAUCAUGAACUACUCUGUCAAACACCCGAAAUACCCCCCAAAGAAGGACAUGGUGCGAGCAGUCUCCAUCCAGACAGGUUACUUCAUCCAAAGCAACAGUCCAUCCAGCUGUACUCUAACUUACCUGGCACAAGUUGACCCGAAAGGUUCUCUCCCUAAGUGGGUGGUAAAUAAGUCUUCCCAGCUUUUGGCUCCUAAAGCGAUGAAGCGUAUAGCACGGGCAUGUGUGAAGUACGCUGAGUGGAAGCAGAAGCACAGUCCAGGCUUUAAGCCGUGGCUUUACCCUGAGCAGAGCCGCCUGAGCAGCAUGGCGCUGUCUGAGCUCUCACUGCAACAUGCCGACUCACUCGAGAACAUCGACGAGAGCACGCUGAGCGAGAGCAAGGACGAGCGUGCUGAACACAGUGAUGAUGACUGAAACCCAAACCCAACACACACACACACACACACACACACACACACACACACACACGUAGCAUCAAGGACACUAAACAUGACACAGUAAUGUACACUGGGGUCAAGGUGUAGAUUAUAUAUUAUCAAUGCAGAGUAGGAGAAGGACAUCACACACACACACACACACACACACACACACACACACACACACACACGUAAUGGUGACCACUGCCAACUUCUUCUCAGAAGAAAGUGUCCUUCAAUCCAUUUCCCAUCAAUCUUUUGUUGGAUGAGGAUUCUUCCCCUGUUACCAUCUCUACUAUGACACACACACACACACACACACACACACACACACCAACCCAAACCCAGAGUUUUUCUUCUGUUAUGGUGCCACAAUAAAAUAAUGGAUUUCUGUCCACAUUUUUGGCAA